UCAAAAACACAUUGCCUUCAGUUUAGCAUGUGUAUGUGUUUCAUGUCUCUGUCUGCCUCAUAACUGUGCAUUGCUUUUUUAGGACGAGAUAGAUUGUUUGCAGAAGGAGGUAGAAGAGCUUAAGAGUAAAAAUCUCAGCUUGGAGUCACAGAUCAAGACUAUUCUGGAUCCUUUAACCUUGAUGCAGGGUAACCAAAAUGAUGACAAACAUCCAGUUGCAGAUAAUUCAAGUAAAAUUGACCCAGAAACUGUGACAGAGUGGAAGAAAAAACUCAGAACAGCUAAUGAAAUCUAUGAAAAAGUGAAAGAUGAUGUGGAUAAGUUAAAGGAGGCAAAUAAAAAAUUGAAAUUGGAAAAUGGUGGCCUGGUGAGGGAGAAUUUACGACUGAAGGCCGAAGUUGAUAACAGAUCACCCCAGAAGUUUGGAAGGUUUACAGUUGCAGCUCUUCAGUCCAAAGUAGAACAGUAUGAACGUGAAACGAAUCGCCUCAAGAAAGCCCUGGAACGAAGUGAUAAGUAUAUAGAGGAACUAGAAUCUCAAGUUGCACAGCUGAAAAAUUCAAGUGAAGAGAAGGAAGCUAUGAAUGCCAUUUGCCAGAGAUCACUUUCUGCAGAUGGCAAGGGGAGCAAAGGCAGCGAGGAGGAUGUGGCAUCAAAGAAUCAAGGUGAUAGUGCCAGUAAGCAGCCUUGCUCAUCCACCUCGAGUUCUUCUCACCUGGCAAAGCCCCCCAGCAGCAGACUCUCUGACACCCGUUCUUCCAGGCAGGAAAGCACCAGCAGUACAGAGCUAAAUUGUUCUAAGAACAAAGACCUAUAUCAGAAACGGGUAGAAAUCAUGUUAGAUGUGACAGAUACAAGUAUGGAUACUUAUUUGGAAAGAGAGUGGGGUAAUAAACCAAGUGAUUGUGUACCCUACAAAGAUGAAGAACUUUAUGAUCUUGCAGCGCCUUGUACUCCUUUGUCCCUUAGUUGCCUUCAGCUUAAUACUCCAGAAAAUAGAGAGAGCUCUAUGGUCAAAGCUGGAGGUUCCAAAAAGCACUCAAACCAUCUCAGAAAACUGGUGUUUGAUGAUUUUUGUGAUUCUUCAAAUGUUUCUAAUAAAGAUUCUUCAGAAGAUGAUAUAAGUAGAAAUGAAAAUGAAAAGAAAUCAGAAUGUUUUACUUCCCCAAAGACAGGAUUUUGGGACUGUUGUUCUACAAGCUAUGCCCAAAGCUUGGAUUUUGAAAGUUCAGAGGGGAACACGAUAGCAAAUUCUGUUGGAGAAAUACCUUCAAAAUUGGGUGAGAAACCAGGCUCAUGUUUAUCCAAGAGGUUGAAUUCUAUUCGCUCUUUUGAAAUGAAUCGGACAAGAACAUCUAGCGAAGCAUCCAUGGAUGCUGCUUACCUUGACAAAAUCUCUGAGUUGGAUUCAAUGAUGUCAGAGUCAGACAACAGCAAAAGCCCUUGCAAUAAUGGUUUUAAGUCAGUGGAUUUGGAUGGGUUGUCAAAGUCAUCUCAAGGCAGUGAAUUUCUUGAAGAAUCUGCUAAGUUGGAAGAAACAACUAAGCUAAGCCUUUCCAAAGAUUCUCUAACUGCUACUGAUCAGUUAGAAAAUGGAAAUGAAUGGAAACCCACCUCUUUUUUUCUCCUAUCUCCAUCUGACCAAGAAAUGAAUGAAGAGUUUUCACUCCAUCCUAGUUCUAAUCCAGGAACUAAUGAAGCCAAACCUCCAAGCUGUUUGUUUCAAACAGAGUUUUCCCAGGGUGUUUUGUUAAGCAGUUCACAUCGACUAUUUGAAGAUCAAAGGUUUGGGUCAUCUUUGUUUAAGAUGUCCUCAGAGAUGCACAGUCUUCAGAACCACCUUCAGUCUCCUUGGUCUACUUCCUUUGUGCCCGAAAAGAGAAAUAAAAAUGUGAAUCAGUCAACGAAAAGAAAAAUCCAGAGCAGCCUUUCCAGUGCCAGCCCAUCAAAAGCAACUAAAAGUUAACUUAUUAGAAAGUUGUGGUUUGUGUUUUUGUCCUGAGAGAAAUAUAAAAGUUUUUCUCCUCAUAAAAGUUCUAUACACUUUUGAAUUGAUAAUCUUUAGUCAAGGAUCAAGUCAGAAUGGUAGAUUAACCUGUACCCAGAAUACUUUGGUUCAUUUUGAAAAGACUUUUAAGAGAAAAAAUAGAAGACAUUCUUUUGAGGGGGAUGGAGGGGGAGGAUCUUUUAAAUCAGAGAAGUUAGGGAGAGGGGUGUGUUUUUUUGUUGUUGUUAGUUUGUUUUUUGUUUGUUUCUUUUGUUUUUUGUAAUGAGUUUUAUAUGUAUCUGGGUUGGGUGUAUUUUGGUUUUUUUUGAAUCUUAUUUAACUGUUAAAUACAGUGGCCUGUUACUAAGCCUCAGUUGUCUUCAGAAUUUGGAUUUCUUAAAUAAAACUUUUAAUGUUGUUUACAUACUGCUCACAAAACACUUGAGUUUCUUUAAAGCUUUUCCUAGGGUGGAAAUUAUUUUGCCUGCCCCUUUUUAUUUAUGUUUAGUGAUGGCUUAACUUUUAUUCAAGGCCAUGAUGGAGAAAAAGCACUCUAACUUUAGUCCAAUAUUGAUUUACCUUUUUUUUUUUAGGUUUUAUGUAUAUGUUUGCAUUUUUUCUAACAUUAUGCUUUGUACAGUUUUUGUGAAAACAUUCUGCUAGUGUGAAAGAAUACAUUUACUAUAUGAAAAUAUUCGUUUUAUGUCAAGUAACAUAUUUGCUCAUCCUUGUGUUUAAAAUCAGAAAUUGAGCAUACUUUAGAAAGAAGGCAUGGAACAGUUGUGUUUAAAGGAGCAUAAAUAUCCUAGCUUCAUUAUUCCAGAUGUAGAGGUGCAGAAGUACUCAUUACCAAGUUCUUGAUCCACUUAUAUCCCAGGGGAGGUUUUUUUUCCUUUUUUUUUUUUUUCGGAAUGAUAAAGUUCUUUAUUGCAUGUUAUUGUUCUUUGUGGAAAGUGUAUGCAUGGUAGCAUUUUUGCUUGCUGUGUUUUCCAUACUUAAAGAAAUUUCAGGUGGCUAAUAGAGUAUCUUUUAUAUAGAACAAAAAUUUUUUUUUUUUCAUGAAGAAUAUUGAGGGGGUGAAGAUAGGUAAGAGGUAAGCACAAUUUUUAAUUUAGGUUCUGGAAAAGUAUAUUAUUCUAAACAUGUUUGUUAUGCCUAUAGAAGCCUUUAAAAAUGGGUCUGUAUGCUAAUGACUUUAUCUAAUGUGCACUGAACAUUUUACAUUAAUACCAUACUGUUUUACAUUAAUACUGCAUGCUUUUCUAUGUGAAUUGAAUAAAAGAUGUCAUAA